AUGUCUGAAUUCAGGGAACUGGGCAAAGACGAUAAAAUAGAACUUUUGAUGGCCGGCUUUCCUAAGAUUUUAAGCCUUUUAUCAGUUCUUAAUUUUAAUUUUGAGGGCAGAUUCUGGACCGUACCCUUUGACAAUGAAAACGCGGCACAACUUUCUAUAGAUGUAAUCAAGAAUCACGAAAUACAUUAUAAAUUCCUGCAAAAUGUUCAACACGAAUGCAAAUCCGAUAUGAUCAUGCUUGAUUUGUUAUCCGCUGUUUUACUAUUCAAUCCAAACGGUUCAAUUCUGAUCCAUAAGCAUUUUAUUGCACUGCAACAGAAGACUUACAUGUAUUUACUUCAACGCUAUUUAGAGAUUAAACACAACUCUAAGAGUGAAUCCGAGACCCGAUUCUUGCGAUUAAUGAAUUGUGUGAAUGAGUUGUAUGAGUGUCGUAGUCGAUAUUUGGUGUUUGAAUUUCUAUAA